CUUUGGUUUGAGUCUGUGUCCUUGCUCUGUGGUGCAAGAAAAUGUUUGUAACCCCACAGAUUUCAUAUUGCGAUGUGAAAUAGAUCAUUAGGUUAUCUAGGUGAAAUUUAUCAAAAUGAUCAAUCACAUUGUUCUUUCAACGUUUCUCACCACCUGACACAACUGAGCUCUUUUCCUUUCGGCCCUUCCCCUACUUUGUACCCAUGUUUGAUACUUCGCUGAACACCAAUUUCAUAUUUCCACCUCAAACCAGUUUUUAGCAUGGCCGAGGAUGACAAAAAGUUCAGUCGUUGAUACUUAUUUACACGCAAAGGCAAAUAUACUUCACCACAUUUACAUGUGAUGUACACGCACAUCUAUCGGGAAGUCCCAAGCGAGACUGAGUAUAUAUUGCACACGGUUCGCGAACUUCCCAAGUUUGUUGAUAAACAAGCCCCAGAACGGCAAAACAAGUUACCACAGUUCACGAUGCUCUCCACAUGGUCCUCAGUAGCGUACAUUUGAAUAUGUUGUUCCCUAUGCAUGAUGGGAUCGUUCAGGUUCUUUUGAGGGACGAGGUGGUGCGAUGUUUUCAUAUGUGUCGGCCAUUUUGUCGCCACUGCGAAAUUGACUGCGGGAUGGCCACGUUCCGUCAGGCCUCGGAUAACGACGCUUGGGCGCUGCUAGCGCUAAAAUCUGCCCCUGCCAGCCCAAGCAGGGUCCCGUGGAUGGACGAUGGUGACAAAGGCAGUGUCAUUGCCCGCCUGGAGGGUCGGGACUUUGAGUUUUUGGUCCGAAAAUCUCGCAUCACGAUCGGCCGGAACAGCAAGCAAGGCGAGGUAGAUGUAAACAUGGGACACUCCAGUUUUAUCUCUCGUAAACACCUCGAGAUCGUCUACGAAAACAGGAACUUCUUUCUAAACUGCAACGGAAAGAACGGGGUUUUCGUUGACGGGGUGUUCCAAAGAAGAGGUGCACAGCCCCUCCAACUUCCCAAAACAUGUCUGCUGCGUUUCCCGAGCACCAGCAUCAAGAUCAUGUUCCAGGCGUUGAUCAGCGAACAGAGCCCACCCCCGCUUAUGGCUGAGCCCUCUCCCAUCAAGCGUAAGAUGAUGCCGCCCCUCAAGAUUGACAUCCCCCCAGCCGAGACCACCUUUGGCAGUCCUUUCCCCUCUCCCACCGGCACGAUAAGUGCCGUGAACUCAUGUCCCACAAGCCCCCGGGGCGGAACGGGAGCCAACUCCAGGAGGAACGUGACCCCUGACCUUCAGGCGGCCGCAUUGGCGGCGGCUGCUGUGUCCUCGGACGACAAGGAAGGAGGUCACUCCUCAGGCAAUGACAUCGGCAGCCCCAAGGAGGAGUCCAAGCCGCCGUACUCCUACGCACAGCUCAUUGUACAGGCCAUCAUGUCUUCGACAGAUAAGCAACUGACUCUCAGCGGUAUCUAUGCAUACAUCACCAAGGCCUACCCCUACUACAGAUCUGCCGACAAAGGCUGGCAGAAUUCCAUCCGACACAACCUGUCACUGAACCGCUACUUCAUCAAGGUCCCCCGCUCCCAGGAGGAGCCGGGGAAGGGGUCCUUCUGGCGGCUGGACCCCAGCUCCGAGGCCAAGCUCAUGGAGCAAGCCUACCGCCGGCGGCGCCAGAGGGGUGUGCCUUGCUUCCGGACGCCCUUCGGAGGGGUGUCCUCUAGUAGGUCAGCCCCCGCCAGUCCCUCCCACACGGUGCAGUACAUCAGCGGUAUCUUCACCCCGGACAGCCUGUCGCGGGAAGGCUCCCCGGCCCCCAUCCCUGCAGACUCAGGCGACCAUGCCGUGCUGGAUCAUCAGCGGUUUACUCAGGCUAUGCAAGAGCAAGUGAAGCGAAGCAUCUCCAGCCCGGGCUCCCCGGUCCACCCACCGGCUUCCUUCCAGCAGCAGCCUCAGUCCACGGGCGCCGGCCAGCCCCACACUGCUGCCGCUGGUGCUGCUGUGGCUGCCGCUUUACCCCAGGUCAGCAGCGGUGGCAUUAGCACCCAGGCCCCGCAAGGCGGCUCCCCAUUUGGCCUGGCCCUGCAUCGGAUGCCGGCUCACGCCGCCUCGGUCAUCACCUCUGCUAAGGGCUACUCCAUUCCUGCUUCGACGGCCGCCUCUCCCGUCUUGGUCCCCGUGAUGACCGGCAUCAGCAACGGUUACCAGAGUCAGCCGCCGCCCAGGGAGGAAGUCUCCUCCACAGAUGGGACCGGCAGUCUGAAGCAGCCCCUUCAGGACAAGGAGGGCUAUGCCGAAGAUGUUAAACAGCCGAUGGUGUCCAACAGUAGUGCCAUCAGCGCUGCCAACAACAACGGCAGCAUUCACCAGCAGCUUCACCUUCAGCUACAGCAGCAGCAAAAACAGCACCCCACUUCCCUGCCCCAGCCCAAGGGCAUGGUCAAUUCCAGCCAGCCGGCCGAGGGCGCGUCCCACGUGGUGACCGUCUCGGGCACCUACCAGCCACCGACCAGCGUCUUCUACCGGCCACAGCAGCAGCCGCCCCAGAGCCAGCCGCCGCCGCCGCCACCGGCCACCAGCUCGGUCAUCAGCUCGCCGUUGGUCAUGCUGGCCACAUCGGCCGCGCAGUCGCACACGGGAAGCCCAGCCAAGCGCCGCAUGGAAGGGAUCGCUGAGGAGCCCAUGGAGGACAACCGCAAGCUGGUGAAAAUGGAGGGCCAGCAAGAGUCUUGAGGACACCUCCCGACAGCUGGAGCUGUCCACCGGUAGGUUGACCAUCAUGGAACCACAUGGGUUGAGGGGCUAGUUUUAUAGCCCUGCUUUCUAACCAACCACUUUGUGAAUGUCUCUGUCACUUUCCCCUCCGAGUCCAGUGAUACACGAAUUUCAAAGCAGUAGUCUGUAUAUUUCACUAUGCGCGCAGGGAAAGGAUUCUCUUGUACACGUGUGUUCUGGAUAAAAUUGAUAGUCGUACAAUGCCACAUCUGCCGUGUGUCCGUUUUGACACCAUCCCUCCCCUAUUGUCUUGCUUGGGACAAACAAGUCCCUGUAAGAUUUCGUCGUGGUUAGCUGAAGCUAGAGUCGUUAAAACCCAUGAGUGCCUGCCCAUGCUGAUCUUUGGACCAGAGUGGCUCUCCCCCCCUUUUGCCGUCGAUUAAUCGUUGGGCUCGUGGGUCUUGUUUCAGCCAACAGUGCACAAUAUGGAGAAAAAAAACAAAAAAACGAAGAACAGAAAAAUGACUAGACAUUGUGUUUGGAAGAUGUAGUCGCAUCUGUAGUGUUGGUCAAGGUGACGCCUUGAAAAUGAUACAAAACCCGUGCGCUGGUGUCUUGAAGCACUUGUUAAUGGUGAAAGUAUCUUUCAUCGUAGUUUAGGCAGAGCAAGCGCACCCCACUACAUUAGCGAUGCUUUUUAAUCACAGUAGUUUACUCGUAGCACCUGUAGCUGUUUAUUUAGCUCCGUUUUUCACAAAAUGCCCACACUCUAAAACUAAGUGUAUGUACGAGAAAAGCCUUAAAAAUUGCGAAGAAUUUAAUGAACUAGAGAAAUUCAUAUUCGUUGCUUUGUGUUGAAUUUAAAUAAACAGAGACUACUAUUUUGGGGGCCAAAUUUGUUUUGAAUCAGGAGUUGUGUAACAUGAUGCUUUCAUCGUCAAGUGGUUCAUAAGUUUUUGUACAAUUUUUUGUUUGUUUUAAGAAGUCAGUGUUAUGCUUGAUUUUAAUUGUUUUAUACGGGGCGCAAGGGCAUUGAUUGUUUUUUUUUUUUGGUCAUGGGAAAGUUAGUUGUUACUAAAAGGCUGUUCGUUCAAUAUGAAGAGAAAAAGACUGAGAAUUACUUAAUGGACAUAAUGAUGUAUAAUAGCACAGUUGUUCAUAAAAAAAAUAAAUAAAUAAAAUUUGGAUCUAUUUAGUUUUGUAUGUUGACUAGAAGCUUUAUUUUACAGAUGUUAAUUUCUUUGCGCUAGCAAGUGGCCUUUUGGGCCUUGGAAAGAGUUUUCCAUCUCUUACUGUAGGGAGGCCUUCUUUGCACAGUAAUGAUGGACUUACACUUCUAGUUCUUCUAUUUCCAAAAGUCUUCAAUAGCUUUGAAAUUCGGUGCAUCCUUGCUUUACUGAGAACAAACCAUCCCUGAAAAAUUCAUACACUCUUUAAAACACUUGAGUAAUCUUUUAAAAACACUUAAUUGUUUGGAGAGAAGUCAAUCAAAGAUUUAUGUUAAAAUUUGGAGGAGAUUAAUUUUCAAAAGAGGACUCCAAUGAUUUUUAGCCUGUCUAGCAAGCUGACCCUUGACCCAUGGCCUCUUUCAAGAUAUACUUUUAAAAAAUGGUAACAGUCUGUAUAACUUUGCUUUUUAGUGAACAACUUUGCAUAUAUUUCAAAAUGACUUCUUGUUUGAUAGUAAAAGUAGAUUUAGAGGAAUGAUUUAUAUCCGGGAUCUGAUUUGGUGUUGGCAUGUAGAAAGGACAGACUUUGGGGCGGGGACUGUUAAGGGGGUGUAGUGGGGACACUUUUUUGGGGGGGGGUUCCUUUUUUAUAGUUGAAAAGUAUUCAAUGCCUUCAGGGGGUAAAGGGUGUAUCUCUUCCCAUCAAAUUAUGUUUCGUUUUGUAACCUUUCCAAGCUAUGGUUUGUUAAAUUUUGGUAUGGUCAUGACAUGUUGGCAAGGCUGUUAUUCCUGCCGCAUUAAUGUAUGUCCAGUCACCCACUCAUAAAAUACAUGCCUCAAUUUAGGUUUUUUGUGACGGAAAUGGAAACAGUUGGCAUUCAUCCUCUUGCUUUGCCAACCAGGUUUACAACUUCAGCUUUUUUGGCAACUAUUUGAAUCUAGUGUUGGAGACACUCCACAGCUCAGACAAACGUAGGCAUAGUGCACCAGGUGUGUGCACUCUUUCUCGUAGUGAAGUUCGUAUGCAAGGGUAGUAUUGUUCCAUGUGGUUCAACAUUUAUGAGUCUUUUCAGCUUUCAACACCAAGUGGCUCAACUCUCAAAAGGUUAGUUCGGAAUGUGUCAAGUCAGAGAACUGAAUUCUGACGCUCUUACAAGACAGAAAUCGUUGUCGGAUACUUUUUUAAAUGCCUGCCUUUGUUGAAAUUUGCUCGCCACCAAAUUUGCUCCAUUACAGCUAAUACAACUAUCGUCCACCCAUGCAAUGGUUGCAAACAGAGGUACCCAUUCAGACCCUAUGGUGGAGGUCUGGUGGUGUAUGUGUUAUCAUGCACUACUCCAGCACUGAGUCUUUUUAUAGCAAAUCUUCAAACUUGUCUGUUCUUGAGGUUCAGGAAUCAGGCUGCUAAUUGUUCUCACUAGCAGCAGUUUCCAAGCUUAUGUAAGCAAAGUUAGUUGGAAACUGAUUGACAAAAGCAGUUAGCCUCAUUUGACUGGCCUGUAGUCUGUUUUUGAAGCCAGGGAAACUAUGCCACUUGUUAAGCCAAUUCUGUGACCAACCUUCUCUGUUGUCUGGUUCCCUGAUGUGACAAUCCCCUCUCUGUGUUUAAAAUUUGGGUUUGGUAGCCCCUGUUGACAAAUAUAGAACAUGAUGUAAUGUAAGAUGUACCGCAUACUCUCUGGGGUGGAGGGUACACUUGGCUGUUACUUUAAGAGUAACCAUUAUAACAAGUUCCUAUAAUUCGCCCCAAAAAAGUUUUGAAAUUGAAAAAAAGUAGUCAGAACUGUGUUGCGUGUUGGGAAAUCUGUAAGGAAAGGUGGUUUAUAAAUAUUAAAUUAUGCCAACAUCAACAAUAUCUGAAAUCACUAAAACAUGGGCUCAGAAAAUUUCAGUCGCUUUCCAAAUAUUUGGAAAUGGUAGGAACUCUCCAGGUUUUGUCACAUGCCACCUGACCUAAGAUUUCUCACAGUAGUUGGAAUCUUUUGGUCUGGUAGCAAAACUACUUUCUCUGUGUUGUGAAUCAGUUAGGGUGUGCUUUCAGACAACAUUGAAUCUAGAAGGCUGUUACCUAUUCAAUCACUUCCCCUGAUGAUCACAUUUAUUGUAAGAGUUAAGUGUUGAAUUUGUACUUGUUAUGGCUGUGAGUGAAUUUGGCAGAAACUUCUGUGGAAAUCAAAUGUGAAGCUGUCUUGACAUUGUACAAACUUGGAAAGAAUAAAGGAAAGUUGUACAUAGAUUGUAUGAUUUAUUAAGCAAAGAAAUAACAAAAUCUAAUUUUAGCCAAUGUGCACUUUGUAAAUAGCUGGUAUGGAGCAUUGCCUAGUGUCGUAAGCUGAUAACUCUUGAAAUAUUUCUACCAUUACUAAUUACACUGAAAAGCUUGACAUCCAUUAGUGUGAGGUGCGCAUUUUAGCAAACACUCAAAGAGUGUACAGGUGAACAAGUAAACACAGCAUACAUUUUCUAUGUUUCAAGUUUUCUGAUUUCCAAUGUGAUUUUGUUCAAGUGUCAGUAAUCAACUGCUGUUUCUUCUUCCUUUCCCUUAGCAUUUAAGCAUGUCUGUAGAAAUAUCACAUCUUGGAGUGAAUUUGAUCACAAGUGACCUAACCACGGUUCAACUAUUUGAGAUGUAAUGUGUGGUAGUUGACAGUGGUUUAACCAGUCUUAUCGAGUAUUAACCCUAAUCCCCAAGGGAGUAUGUAAAAUCGUAUUGAAAUUUGAGGAUUUGGGACUGUUAGGGUUAAGGACCAGUCAAUUGUGGUUGGUUGCAUCACUGGUUAUCAGUGCCCCAGCUUGUCAAUGUACAGUAAGGAGCCAUGACAAUACCAUUGCUGCUGUGACACUGAACCUUGAGUGAACUUGCUCUGGCUAGCAUGGGACAUGAAAUGAGACGAGGAGUGGCUCCCAAUUACAAUGCAUUAGUACACGCAAACAGUGGAAAGAUAAAGGCUGCUUGCUUUACUGCUUGUUGUGGGCUUGUGGCAUCCAUUUUGUGUCUGAAACCUGUCCAAGUUCCGUCAACUUUCACUCUGUCACAAACAAGCUGUAUCUUUCCCAAACACUCAACAGUGAAGGCCAGUACAGUUAACUAUUGUGCUAACCCCAAAAAAGGAGUGGACAAACAGAAAAGCAUAAUUCAAGAAAUGUGGGACGCACAGAACUUGCUCUUUAUAACAGUGUUUUGUUGUAACAGUUCUUUAUAUCGAGAGUGGACUGCACAUGGUGUUGGAUUUGAGCCCAGUAUCUCUCUACCACAUGUUACUUAUACACCUACAAGUACCAUUCACGACUUUUAAACAUGAAGUAGGUCUGAAGAUUAAACUCACAAAGCUUGUGACAAAUAUAUACUUAUUCCAUGUUCGUCACAUAUUAACCAAAAACUGUGAUUUGGUAAUUAAAAAGUCUGAAGCUUCUUGGCUUCUUACUUGUAAUAAACUCAACUGAGAAUUAAUUGUGUAAAAAUUCCUUUCUUAUAUCACCGAUGGACAAUAUUGCUUUAAAAUGUGCUUUUAUCAAACAGUCGUAAAGCGUUAGUUGAUGAAAUGGUGAUAAUUUGUACAUAAACUAACAAAAUUAGCGCAGCAUCAUGUACCUCGUCUGCUUCUUCAGAUAUAUCAUCAUUAGGCAUUGUGUUUUCAUAAACAUUGGUCUAUGCUUUUUUCUUUUGUUUUUGAUUAUAUUAAUGUAAGCUUUUAUACUGAAGCAGCUCUUAUUGGAGAUGGAAAAAGUAUAAGAUAUCAAGACUAACUAAACAAAAACAUCUAUGUGUUUGUGAGCUAACAAGUAAUGACCAUUGGACUGUAAGCAGAGUGGAUAAAUUUUCACUUCCUGAGUUCCUUUUCGUUUCACAGUCACCUGCAUUUUAUAAUACGCAUAUCCGUCAUGGCUUAGUUGCUGAUGGGUACAGAGGGGUGAAAUUGCAACCCCAUCUUUUUUUAAAUCCAUUAUUUAUAUGCAUGUGUACAUUUUUGAGCGACUCCGCCCGAGAAUGGGUAAUGUCAUUCACGGUAUGUGUAAUCAGACUGGACAGCUGAGAGGGCAUUGACGCAACUAAGGGGGAAAUGAUUGCGGGGGUGAAGGUGUUGAAUUUAGACAUGCGCACAACAUAUAUACAAACCACAGUCUAUUUGCUUGCAGUGCCCCCCUUGGAAACGUGUGCACCCCUGGGCACCCACCUCCCAUAUAAAAUAAAAUAAAAUGAAAUAAAAUAAAACAUCACUCAUGCUGUAUGAAGACCAUGACCUUUUUUUAACUGUAAUUUUAUACAGUCGUCUCUUGUAUUGAGAACCAGUAAUUCACGGUUUUUUGGGGGGGUUCCUUUUUUUUUGGUGUGGUAGCUGCCAAAGACGUGGAAACUUGAAAAAAAAUGAGAAUGGAGUGAGAUUUGUUCAUCUGUUGAGGGGAAUAGACCUGCAAUGUCAAGUUCUGGGAGUAAAACCCACAGACUCGGGCAGGGACUGACUUAUGACACUGAGAGGAUUUGAACCUGGCCCACGGUGGCAAGGAAAUUACCGGUGCACCUAUCUGACUGAAAAUAAAAUCCCAAUGGAAAGGCGUGUCUGCCUGUAACCCGUCCCUUUUACCAGUUUAACCCUCCCGGAAGGUACACUGUCAACUAUUAAGAGCCUGCCACUUGUGAAAGUGCUUCUCGUGUUGAAAUCGUCGGUUAGUUCAUUCAAGGCCAGAGGUUUGAAGCAGCCAUUUUAUUAAUUCGCACAAUUCCACUGAAAAUGUUUUAAAGUUGGAAUACUGUGAAGUCUGUGGUAAACAUAUUGUGAAUGAGCCAGCUGUUUUAUGUAAGUUAUGAAAACAAAAUUGUAAGAGGCAUGUACAGAAUUUACCGAAAAACUAAGUGUGAUAUUAAUGAGAUAAAAGGAUGCCGACUGUUUUGUGUCACAUGAGUGUGUUCACACGUGGUCGAUUUCCUUGUUCGGGGUAUAUUGAUUGUCUUGAAGGACUCUCUUUUUAAGUGUCGUUUUUCGUUUGUGCUGGUUAGAGUAGAGGGCCACGAAUCUCAGAAGGUUUGCUAGAUGUCCAAAAAAAGCUCUAAAUGUGACGGUCAUCCCUCUCUGUUUUACUGAACCGCAAUGUACGAAAAACGAUAUUUAAAAAAGGGGGUUAUUUGAUAUAUACAGAAUGGAUGUUUGUUUUUGUGAUGUCCCAAUUAUAACCCCGCAUCCCCUUCCCAAAGAUUCAUUACUUCAUUUCGCCUUGUCUUAGAGGGUAACAUUGAACUUUCACUAUGUGAAGGUUCUCAUUAAUCAUUGUGAAGCGAUAACCAUGGCGGAAAAAAAUGAUGAAAGCGUAUAUCAAUAAAAAAACAUUGUCUGAAAGGACGUGAAUGAAA